GCCCUGGAAGCAGCACAUCCCAACUCCAGCCAGAAGCAGCUCACCCCAGCAUGAGAGCUGCCACCCUCCUUGUGGCCAGGGCAGCAAGCCUUCACCUUAGCCUCCUGCUUCUGCUUUCCUUCUGGCUGAACCGAGGUGUGGGAGCCAAGGAGCUGAGGUUUGUGACAUUGGUUUUUAGGCAUGGAGACCGAAGUCCCAUCGAAACAUUUCCUAACGACCCCAUUAAGGAAUCCUCAUGGCCACAAGGAUUUGGCCAACUCACUCAGCUGGGCAUGGAGCAGCAUUAUGAACUUGGACAAUAUAUAAGGAAACGAUACGAAAAAUUCUUGAACAAGUCCUAUAGACACGAACAGGUUUAUGUUCGAAGCACGGAUAUUGACCGGACUUUGAUGAGUGCUAUGACAAGCCUUGCAGCCCUAUUUCCCCCAGAAGGUAUCAGCGUCUGGAAUCCCAGCCUACCCUGGCAGCCCAUCCCGGUGCACACAGUCCCUGUUUCUGAAGAUCGGUUGCUAUACCUGCCUUUCAGGAACUGCUCUCGUUUUCAAGAACUUGAGAGGAAGACUUUGAAAUCAGAGGAAUUCCAAAAGAGGCUGCAUCCUUAUAAGGAUUUUAUAGAAAUCUUGCCAAAAUUCACAGGAUACCAUAACCAGGACCUUUUUGGAAUUUGGAGUAAAGUCUACGACCCUUUAUUUUGUGAGCGUGUUCACAAUUUCACUUUACCCUCCUGGGCCACAGAGGACAGCAUGACUAAGUUGAAAAAAAUAUCAGAAUUGUCCCUCCUGUCCCUCUAUGGAAUUCACAAGCAGAAAGAGAAAUCUAGACUGCAGGGGGGUGUCCUGGUUAAAGAAAUCCUCUAUCACAUGAAGAGUGCAACUCAGCCAUUGAACCACAGAAAACUCAUUAUGUAUUCUGCACAUGACACUACUGUGAGUGCCCUACAGAUGGCGCUAGAUGUUUACAACGGAAUCCUUCCUCCCCAUGCAUCCUGCCACUUGAUGGAAUUGUACUUUGAGAAGGGGGAGUACUUCAUAGAGAUGUACUAUCGGAAUGAGACGCAGCAUGAACCACAUCCCCUCACGCUGCCUGGCUGCACCCCCAGCUGCCCUCUGACAAAGUUUGCUGAGCUGGUUGCCCCUGUGAUCCCCCAAGACUGGUCCACAGAGUGUGCCAUGAGCAACCAUGAAGGUACUGAGGACGCUAUGGAUUAGGGUGCACACGGAGCUCUGCAGAGAGGGCAGAACACCCUUUCUCCAGACGGAUGGUGCUUUGAGAAUAUAAACUGGUCUCAACCCCAUCUUUGAGGGAAGUAGGUUUUGGGCAAUAAUUGUAUGUUUCAGAGACUUCAGGCAACUCCUACCUCUUCACCUGGCCCUGCCCCUACUUGUCAUACACCUUGUCAACCUACAUAAACCCAGGAGGCAGUAAUGAAGCAGAAAACAUUUACUUGGGAUCAAAGAAUUGCAAUUCGGGGAACAUGUAUCAAACUGGAACAAAAUUAGAAAUGUAAGAAUGUUCUGAAUACCUCCCAGGAAAAAACUUAUUGGAAUGUUGAAAGUGUGGGUGUGAUAUCUGUUCUGAGGACAAAAGGAAUGUAUAAGGCUUCGAUUCUGGUAUCUUCAGAAAACCUAAGCAAACUCACAGGUCCUGCUGAAACCACUUACUAUAAACGAAGAAAUCAUAUACAAAUAACACCCUUUAGAGUCCUGUAGAUUUGCCAUGUGCAGAUGCAACACACCUAGAGAACACCAUGCUACAUUACCAGCAUGAAUAAAGAUGAAACAGUUUCUAGAGAUGAUUUCUACUGGAUGCCAGAGUCUAGAGCAAAGCCAUUCUCUCUCCUAGUUGGUCAUGCGAUGACUGACAUAUGACAUCAAUUGAUGUGUUUAUUUGUGUUCUUUCUUUUCCAAGUAAAUAUUUGGCCUUGGGGCCAUCAUUUAAUUAUCAUUUCUCCUCCAUGCAUG